AUGCGCCGCUUCUGCCACGUCCCCCGCGGCCGGCGGCCGGCCGCCGCUCCCCACGACCACCAGCAGCUCCCGCCGCCGGAGUGGAUCGAUCCGUACCCGGACCUCACGGACCCGAGCCCGUACGCCUCCGGGUCGGCGGCCCCGCCCACGCCGUCGCCGUGGCUGCCCCGCGUGAGCUCCCUCGUCCUCCGCUCCCCGCCCGCCACUCUCGCCACCGACCUCCGCGCCUUCUGCAGGACCUUCCUCCUCCGCCUCUCCCCGACCUUCGUCGCCGCCGCGCUCCGCUCCCCGCAGCUCACCCCGCACCCGCUCCCGUCCCUCCACUUCUUCCGCUCCCUGCCCAACGGCGCCGACCUCCUCGCGCACCCGCAGCACCUCCUCAGCUGCUACGUCUCCCUCCUCCACUCCUUCGCGCGCUCCAGGGAGACCGCCGGCCCCGACGCCGCCGGCCAGGCGCGGCAGCUCGUCGCGGAGCUGCGCGCGCACGGGGACGCCGUCCUGAGGCACCUCGCGCCGGCGUCGUCGGCCUCGUUGAUCCGCAGCCUCGCGGCGUUCGGCCUCUCCGAGGAGCUGCUGUGGGCGUGGCAGGCCAUGCGCCUCGCCGGUGUUGAGCCGUCCAGGCUCACCUACAACUGCCUGCUGGACGGCCUUGUCAACGCCGGCCUCCUUGACACCGCCAUCAACGUGUUCGACGCAAUGUCCACGGAAGAUCGAGUGCAACCCGACGUGGUUUCCUACAACAUUCUUAUCAAGGGGUACUGCCGCGCGGGGAGGACGCAGGAUGCAAUGGCACGGCUUGCGGAUAUGAGGGAACAGGCAGAGCUCACGCCGGACAAGGUGACAUACCUCACUCUCAUGCAGUGCCAUUACAGCGAGGGCACGUUUCCACAAUGCAUAGCGCUGUUCCAAGAGAUGGAAGAGAGGGGAAUGGGGAAGGAGAUACCUCAACAUGCCUAUGUGCUGGUGAUCGGCGCCCUCAGCAAGGACGGGAAACCAUUUGAGGCGCUGGCUGUGUUUGAGAGGAUGAUGAAGCGAGGUUGCCCAACCAAUGCAGCCAUGUACACUGCGCUCAUUGACUCGAUGGGUAAAUUCGGGAGGGAGAAAGAGGCAAUGACACUCUUUGAGAGGAUGAAGGCCAGUGGAAUUGAGCUUGACGCGGUCACAUAUGGUGUGGUUGUUAAUUGCUUGUGCCGAUUUGGCAAUAUGGAUGAGGCAGUUGCGUGCUUCAGGAGUUGUGUAGAGAAGGGUGUUGCAGUGAAUGCCAUUUUCUAUACAAGCCUAAUCGAUGGCUUUGGAAAAACUGGGAUGGUUGACCAAGCAAAGGAGCUCUUCGAGGAGAUGAUUGCUAAAGGAUUUGUGCCUGACUCGUAUUGCUACAAUGUUCUAAUCGAUGCAUUAGUCAAAGCAGGACGAACAGACAAUGCUUGUGCUUUCUACAAGAGAAUGGAAGAUGAUGGCUGUGAUCAAACAGUCUACACGUACACCAUUCUCAUUGAUGGUUUGUUCAAGGAACACAAGAAUGAGGAGGCACUGAAGUUCUGGGACAGCAUGAUUGAUAAGGGAAUCACCCCAACAACUGCAGCUUUCAGGGUCCUCGCCAAUGGACUCUGCCUUUCCGGUAAAUUCAGCCGUGCAUGGAGGAUAUUGGAUGAAUUGGCUCCAAUGGGGGUGAUUCCUGAGACGGCUCAUGAGGAUAUGAUCAAUGUGUUGUGUAAGACUGGCAGAUUCAAGCAGGCCAGCAAAUUGGCAGAUGGCAUUGUGCAGAAGGGCCGUGAGGUACCUGGGAGGGUUCGAACGAUGAUGAUCAAUGCGCUAAGGAAAGCAGGAAAUACUGAUCUGGCAUUUAAACUGGUGAAUGAAAUGAUAGAGGUUGACGAGGAGGACGAUCAGCAGAGCGAGGAGGAUGAAGGUGAACAGCAAGAGAAAGAGGAAAACAAGAAAAGGAAAGCAAGUGCUCUAAGUUCAGAUAUUUGGGAUCAUUUCACCAAGGUAAAAAUUGCAAAUGGGGAGGAAAGAGCCAAGUGCAAGUACUGUGGGAACUUGUGUAGCUGUGACACAGAGACAAAUGGAAAUAGUAGUGUUGGUACUCUAUCUAAUUCGGAGUUUGAUCUUUAUGACCUUAGAAACAGUUUUGCUGAAAUGAUAAUUGAAGAUGAGCAACCAUUUGCCUUAUCUGAACGCCCCGGCCUUAGAAAUUUUUUGGCCAUAGCAUGCCCACAUUUUACUUUACCCUCUAGAAGAACAGCCACUAGAGCUUGUGUUGAAGUGUAUGAUGUCCAGAAGGAAAAGCUGAAGAAGUUUUUAAAAGAACACUGUGGAAGGGUUAGCCUCGCAACUGACACAUGGACAUCUAAUACCAACCAAAACUACAUGUGUGUGACAGCACAUUUUAUUGACAAUGAUUGGAAGCUCCACAAAAAGAUCAUUGGUUUUUUCUUGGUAGAGGGUCACAGAGGGGAAGAUAUUGGAAAAUCCCUAGAGAAUUGCUUGGCAGCAUGGGGAAUUGAUAAGUUUUUUACAAUAACAGUAAACAAUGAUAGUGCGAACAACGAUGCAAUAAAGUACAUGCGGAGGGUCUUGAAUGAAUCAAAUGGUAGCAUUGCUAAAGGAGAGUAUCUACACAUGAGAUGUGCUGCACACAUAGUUAACUUGAUAGUUAGUGAAGGCCUAAAGGAAAUUGAUAGGUCUGUGGUUCGUGUCCGUGCUGCUGUUAAGUUUGUCAAGGGUGAAACAUCUAGAUUGGCAAAGUUUAAGAAAUGUGCUGAAUUAGCAAAGCAGUAUGAAAAGGCUUUUGAAAGGUAUAGUGAUGAAGACCCAUACUAUAAACUAGACUUAAAUGACGAGAAAGAUGGUCCAGGAGUUCCUGAAAAAUCAGAUUGGGAUAAUGCUAGGAAGAUGGCUGAAUUUCUUGAACAUUUUUAUGAACUUACGCUCCGUGUUUCUGUCACAAGUUGUCCAACAUCAAACACUUAUUUUCAUGAGAUUGGUGAACUGUUGCUUUUGCUGCAAGAGUGGUGCCACAGUGAGGAUAGGUUAUGUAGUGAAGUGGAGUAUAGAAAUAUGUAUGCUCCAAGUGAUAAUGCACCACAACAGCCCACUGAGACUCAAGAACCACCUCCAGAGAGCAAAAGGUCGUUCAAGUCUAUAAUUGCUGAGAAAAUGAGGAAACGUGGGGGUGCAAAUGCCACUACCAAAUCUGAACUUGACAAGUACUUUUCAGAAGACAAUGAAGAGGAUAAUGAAGGGUUUGACAUUCUCAAGUAUUGGAAGGGCAAUGCUAGAAGGUUUCCAAUACUGUCUCGCAUGGCCCGUGAUCUCUUAGCAAUUCCUAUCUCAACUGUCGCUUCUGAAUCAGCCUUCAGUACAGGUGGACGUGUUCUUGAUGAUUUCAGGAGCUCACUCACACCAACAAUGGUUGAGCGUCUGAUUUGUGCAAGUGAUUGGAUUCGUGGAUCCAAUGUUGUUAGUGUUGAAGAGAAUGAAGAAGAAUUGUACAAGCUUGAGGAAGAACUGGGUGCCUUCACUAUUCCUAAGGAGACAACAGAGUGUUGA